AUGUGGGGGAGUCACACCUGCUCGUCACGAGGAAGGAAUCUGGUGGACGUGAUCCAUCACCUGGGCCUGCAAGUCCUGAACACCGGGUCCUUCACCUUCCUCCGCAAAACAGGUCGACCCUCGUGCACUGCCAUCGACGUCAGCCUGGCUAGCGAGGCAGACCGGUACGACUGGGCAACGCAGCCUGACUCCUGGGGUUCGGACCACCUGCCGAUCGUCAUCACACCGGCGGGAGGGAAAAUCCCAAGGACCAGGCAGUGCAGAACAGUCGAUUGGCGCGCUUUCCGGCAGCAGCUCAAAGAGGCCCCGGAGGACCAGGACUUCCUGGAUCUGGUGGUAGCAGCAGCGCAAGCAGGCACAAUCCAGUCCUGGGUGCCCGAGAACCAUCCUUUGCCAGACCUCCGCCACCUGAACUUACGGGCUGCCAGACGCAGGCCCGACCUGCGGCCAUCACCACCACGCCUACCGCCGCCGCACGGCCACCACCCUGCCUGGACUGCCAGCCAAAUUGCAGCUCUCUGCCAGGAGCCCAUUUUCGAGCACGAGCUGAAUGCUGCUCCGGCCAGAACCAAGCGCCGAAGUGCCCCCGGCGCCGACGGCAUCUCAUACCAGAUGCUGCGUAACCUGGAUGUGGCUGCACGACAACGCCUGUUGAGGGCUUUCAAUGACGUUUGGCAGAUCGGCACUUUACCUGAGGCCUGGCUGACUGCUGUGGUGGUGCCCGUCCGGAAACAUGGCCGUCCUGGUGCAGCCAUUGCAUCCUACAGGCCCGUCUCUCUUACCUCUGCUGCCUGCCAGCUCAUGGAAGCCAGAGCUCUGGCACGCUUUAGUUGGAUUGCUGGGGCAACGGAGUUCCUAUCAGAGCAGCAGACAGGCUUCCGGCGCCACCGCUGCACAGCAGACUCAAUUGCGGAUGUCGUCUCUACCCUGGAGGAGGUCAGGAGCAAGGACAAGGUGGCCCUCCUUGUACUAAUGGAUGUCCAAAGCGCUUUCGACGGCCUGCCACAUAUGGUAAUAGAGAGUGCUCUGGACGCACUCGGCAUCACGGGCUUUCUGCGUGCUUUCAUCCGUGCCUUCCUAGCCGGACGGACCCUCCGGGUUAGAGUUGGAUGCGCGGUCAGCGAUCCAAGGACAGUGACAGCCGGCGUCCCACAAGGCUCUGUCCUGAGCCCCUUUUUGUUCAACUUGGUGCUGGCAGGGCUACCUGGAAUGCUACCGGUUGACAAGCGCUACCCCACGCAGUGCUCCUUGUACGCAGACGACGUGGCACUGUGGGUUAGGGGGCCCAGGCGGAACCUCACUGCCAUUAGGCGCUCCCUGCAACGCUCCCUGGAUGCUGUGACCUCUUUCUUCAGAACGAUCGGGCUGAUCGUGUCCCCCACGAAGACGGAGGCGCUGCUGGUUCACCCCAGAGUCGCUCCGCGGAGGGCCAUCCGAAGGCUUGUGUUGGGAGACCGGCCAAUCCCGUGGAGCAAGGCGGUGACGUACCUGGAGCUAAAGAUCGAUCACCGCCUCACCUGGAUACCAGCCGUCAAACUCGCGACCUUGAAGGCCACCAGGGGCAACCUGUGGGCACUUCAGCUCUACCAGGGGGCUGCAACGGCAGUGCAAACCUACGCACUGCCUCUGGUGCAGCUGGCGCAACACCGCAAGGAGCAGUUGGAGCGGCAACACCGCAUGGCGAUUCGGCGCUUCAUGGGACUCCCGCGCCAGUCGCCCGUGGCUGCUUCAUUGGCAGAGGCCCAGACGUGGCAUCUGUUUCUCCUUAUGCUGCGACAGGCGCUGCAUCAUGUGGACCGUCUCCACAGGGCCCCAGGGGGCGAUGCCCUCCUACGGAGACUGCGGAGCCGACCAGCUUCACGAAUGGGACAAAUCUGCACACUCUAUGAAGAACUUGUGCCCGCGGCUCCCUGUCCUAUCCAGCCCCCUCCACCACACCAGCAGCCUCUGGACGUGCAUUUGGAGUUGGGCAACCUCAGCAAAAGGCGAACACCGGCGUGCGAGCUCUACCAGUCAGCCGUGGCGAAACUCCACGACAGGCUGCGGGGGCACCUCCUGGUGUUCACGGACGGGUAA